AUGGGCUCAGUGUGUUCGGGUAUUUGCAAACCGCGUUCUGGUGGUAAGAACCUCCAAUGCAACGUAUUUUCCAAUACAGAACUUAACAAUUUACACAAUCAUAACUCCAAAAGAUCAUCUAAAUCUACGCUCAUUUCACCCGCUAAAUCAUAUAGUAAAGAUAGUGACAUAAGCACAAGUAGUUCUGUAGUUUUUCGGCUUGAAAAAAACAAAUUUCUUCCAUCAGUUUCCAAUAAAAAGUCUAUUGUCGAUGGAUGGAUUUCCCAGCGCAAUUCAAUAGAUUCAGAUGCGGAACCUUUCCUAAUACUAGACACUAGGGUGGCCUUGCUGCUGAUUAAUUACCUGAUGGGACAAGAUGUGUUGAAUUUGAGGCAGAUUUGCCGCGUAUGGAGGGAUAUAAUAGAUUACACAUUGGAUAUACAUUUGGAACAUAUAAUCGCUCAAUUCAAGUGUCACUACAAAGGGUUAUUAGAACCAGUGUCAAAAUUCAUAAAGGCUUCACCGAUUUACAAUAGGCCGAAUGAACCAAGGAUUGACCUUAUAAUUACGGCCAAAGUAAUUGGAGGAGUGGGCAUGAUUAAUAAUAUCGGAUAUAAAUUUAAGUACAAAGGCAAAACCCAGUGCUACGGAGAGCAAUUUCAUUUUCAAUCCCUAAGGCAGGGGUCAAACAGGAUGCUAUUUUUUGAACGCGAUGAAUCGCAUGUUUAUACGGAUGAUAUUAAGAUGCCUGUCAUAGCCGGAGUACAUCAAUUUUGUGUGGGCGAUUUUCUCCAAAUACCAAUUAAUCUCCACAACGCCUACAGUACAGUAGAUAUGCCUAGUAUUGAAGUUAUGCCAUGCAGGCAAUCAGUCUGCUCUGUACGGCAAAUGGAGACUUGCCACAUCGAUUCCAUGUAUGACGAAAACUGGGAGCAAAUAACUCAAACUAGCGAUAAGCCUCAAAAGUUAAUUGAUAUAAUGAAUAAGAUCAAUAGUUUGCUCAAGGAUAAUAAUAAACUGAUGAUUUUGUCGGCUGAUCACGCCGGAUAUGAUGUGGCCACUAUUAGACUUAGAUUGAUAGCUGUUGAAUCGGGUAAAAUUUGCGAAGAAUUGGGGAGAUAUGUAGCGCAGGGGAUAGAAGUAUUUCCUGCAAAGGCUCCAAUUACUGGCAUACUAACAAGGAAAGGAUUGACUCAAGAUUUGUACACUACUACUCAACUAAGAAUGGGCGAUAUAAUUAACUUUUAUCUUCAAACAGUGGGAGCAGGGCCCGAAGAUCCCACUUGUGCUGAACCUUCAUAA